AUGUGUAAUGAUUGUCUUUAUGAGGUAUUAGAGAGAGAGUCUGAUUACUGGUCAAGUGGAAAUUUACAAAUUGACGAAUUUAUUAGAAAAGCACAACGAUUAUUAUAUCAAAUUGCCGAAUUCAUUAGAAAAGCACAACGAUCAUUAUAUUAUAAUCGGUACCCUGAACGGAUUUCAUAUAAUUUUUACAUUCGAUACCCUGAAUGGAUUCCAUAUAAUUCUUUAACCAAAGUAAAUAUUGGUAGAGGCGAAUUUGGAGCAGUACUUUCUGCAGAAUGGAGCCAAGGAGCCAAAAAAUUACAAAUUUCUAAUAAUAAGCACUAUUACAUUCGAUCAGGCCCCUGUGCAGUUGUUUUAAAGAAAUUAAAAGAUAUGAAGCAGCUUUCAAUUAUUGAAGUACGUUUUCAGGAUUUGCUUUAUUGUUGUAACAUAUAUGGAAUUACCCAAGAUCCUUCAACGUCAGAAUAUAUGCUUGUAGAACCCACAUCUCUAUGUGAUAAUUGUCAUCGUAAAGUGUUAAUAGGUGAAUUUUCUAACUGGUCAAGUGGAUGUUUACUAAUUGAUGAAUUUAUUAGAAAAGCACAGCAGUCAUUACCUUAUGAUCAGUAUCCCGAAUGGAUUCCAUAUGAUUCCUUCACUGAAAUAAAACCUAUUUUUCUGAAGAAAUUAAAAGAUGCGAAUCAGCUUUCAAUGAUAGAAAUACGCUACCAAGAUUUGCUUUAUUGUUGUAACAUAUAUGGAAUUACCCAGAAUCCUUCAACAUCAGAAUAUAUACUUGUAGAACCCUCAUCUCUAUGCGAUAAUUGUCUCCAUGAAACGUUAAAAUGUGAAUUUUCUAAAUGGCCAAGUGGAUGUUUACCAAUUGAUGAAUUUAUUAGAAAAGCACAGCAGUCAUUAUCUUAUGAUCGGUAUCCUGAAUGGAUUCCAUAUGAUUCCUUCACUGAAAUAAAACCUAUUUUUCUGAAGAAAUUAAAAGAUAUGAAUCAGCUUUCAAUGAUAGAAAUACGCCACCAAGAUUCAUUUUAUUGUUGUGACUUAUAUGGAAUUACCCAAGAUCCUUCAACAUCAGAAUAUAUGCUUGUAGAACCUACAUCUCUAUGUGAUAAUUGCCUCCAUAAAGCGUUGGAAAGUGAAUUAAUUGAUGAAUUUAUUAGAAAAGCACAGCUGAAAUUGCGUUAUAAUCGGUAUCCUGAAUGGAUUCCAUAUAAUUAUUUCACCAAAAUAAAACAUAUUAGAGGCGAAUUUGGUGCAGUAUUUUCUGCAGAAUGGAGCAAAAGAGCCAAAAAAAUACAAAGAUUUAACAAUGACUUAUAUGGAAUUACUCAAGAUCCUUCAACAUUAGAAUAUAUGCUUGUAGAACCCUCAUCUCUAUGCAAUGAUUCACAGCAGUCACUACCUUAUGAUCGGUAUCCUGAAUGGAUUCCAUAUGAUUCUUUCAUCGAAAUAAAAUAUAUUAAUAGAGGAGAACUUGGUGAACUUCAAGAUCAAUCUGAUUGUUGUUUAUAUGGAAUUACUCAGAAUCCCUCGACAUUAGAAUACAUGUUUGUAGAGCCUACAUAUCUAUGCGACAGUUGUCUUCACAGAGAGUUAGUAAGCGAAUUUCCUAACUGGUCAA